ACCUUGGGAGGCUUUGCCUGCGCACCCCUGCUUGGGCUUUUGUCUCUUUUUCUUCAGGAGACAACAAGAGCUGUGGAGAAGAGAGGAGGAAAAUGGCGAUUGGGAGCCGCCUACCGAUGUUCUUAGCUUGUCUUUUUUCUUUUCUUUUUCCCCGUCUUCGUGUGGCCUGUUGUAUUCCGCCCUUGCUCCCUAUGGUGCUUCGGUGUUUCCUCAUGCUCUGCCUUAUUAGCCUCUCCUGAGGAAGUUACCUCUAACCCCUAUUACUUUCCUCCGAUUACCACUCCUAUUGUCUUGCAUGUUGUUACUCGUUCACUGUAAUGGAGACUUCAGGGUUAUUUCCUUUUUGUGGCCCCUUGGCUCCUGUUUAUCAGUUUUGUUUGAUUCUCUCAUUUUACGUCAUUGCUGUAUUUGUUUUUUGCCUUGUCUUGUUCCAGCUCCCCUCUGUCUCUGUCCUGCAGCAUGGUUUGUGUGCUUUCCCGUAUGUUUCAUUUUCAGUGCUACAGCUUCCAGUGUUGUGCUCCAAGCUAUUAUGACAGAACUUGCAUUGCUUGAAAACUGCAUUGAGCCAUUGUCAUUGUUCACUGUUUCUUUUCCUUUGUAUGUGACUUAUUUCACCAUCAGCUUGUUUAAAAAUGCUGUUAUUCAUUAUUCUUUACUGAGAUGUUUCUCUAAUCUUUUAUUAGCCUUCCCUAGCUUUAGUUUAUUAUACACAGUUUUUCUCUGUGAUGCUUAAUUUUCUUCUGAAAGAACAGAUAAGCUAUUUAUUUGUCACAGCAAGCUUCUAGUAGCAGGCAAAAUGUUCAACUGCUUUAUCUAACCAUAUGUUUGCAUAGUGGAGAGAGAAGAUACAGAAGCACACCUAGCAGCAUGCUUUCAAGGAAAGUUGAAUGUCUGCUUGUCUGGCAAAUCAGUAGGUUCUUGUGACUGUGUUAAAGCUACAAUAGAAAUAUUAAUUACUGUACUGUAGUUCAUUAUAACCAAGUGGUUUGAGGUUUUUUUCCAGACUUCUGUGUUACUGAUGGGGAGCUUAGCCUCAUGUAUGAUGAUUAUACAACUUGCUUGCAAAUUCAACUAGGCAAAAUGCUUGUGGAAGAAUAUAGAUAAUGCUGUGGCUGGCCUUAGUAGUAUAUAUUUGAGUGGAGUAUUGAAAAUUCAAGUUGAGGAUAAUAGUGUAAUGCACUGUAUUUUUUUUUUUUCAUCAUACUUUCUGCCUUUUUAAAUAGUUAAAAACUAAAAUAUUGCUUUUAGGACAGUUGCAGCAAAAAGAAAAGGGGGAAAAAAGGGAGGAGUUAUGAAAGGGAAUGGUGUUUGAGAUCACAUCCAUGAUGUGUGUUAAAGCUUUUAUGAAAAUGCAGGGAAGUCUUUAGGAGGGUUUUAAUAAGGUGAGACUUCACAAACAGGUUUCAAGAUUGUUUUCUGGAUGUAAUGUCAUGUAUUUCUUGUAUUGUUCUCAUGCUAUCUUUUUUGCCCUAGAAUGCCUAAAUCAAAGGAACUUGUGUCUUCAAGCUCAUCUGCAAGUGAUUCAGAUAGUGAAAUUGACAAAAAGGCGAAGCGGAAAAAGCAAGCUGUUCCAGAAAAGCCUCUAAAGAAACAAAAGAUGGGUGAAAGUUCAAAAAGUGCUGCUUCUAAGCAAAGCAGUAACAGAGAUGAGAAUAUGUUUCAGAUUGGCAAAAUGAGAUAUGUCAGUGUUCGUGACUUUAAAGGGAAAGUUUUAAUUGAUAUUAGAGAAUAUUGGAUGGAUCAAGAAGGUGAAAUGAAGCCUGGCAGGAAAGGUAUUACUCUGCUUCAUGUUAUUUUCUAUUAAAACAUAGCCUGCAAUUUACUCAGAAAAUUGUGUAUCAGAUUUUUAUAUUCAGAGUAACACUUAUUUUAACAAAUGAUUAGUUUUACUUAUAGAUUAGAAACAAAAGCAAAGAGAUUUUGUUUGCCUGAGUCCACUUUCCUAAAUGAAUAGUGCAUAAUAUAUGGAAACAAGGCACUGGAUAGAAACAAAUUUAUUGUGGGAUCCAUAACUCCUCCCAGUUCACAGAAUCAUAGAAUGGUUUGGGUUGGAAGGUACCCUUAAGAUUAUCUAGUUCCAACUCCCCUACUAUAGGUAGGGAUGCCUCCCUUUAGACCAAGUUAUUCACAAACCCAUCCAGCCUGGCUUUGAAUGCUUCCAGGGAGAGGGCAUUCACCACCUCUCUGGGCAACCUGU